AUGCGGGUCAUAGUUGUGACCCAAGCUUGUUCGCUUUCAACUGCUCUCUCAGACCCCGUGAAUGUACGAAUCACGUCGGUUACUGCGACUUCGGUCAACCUGGCCUGGGAGCCGGCGUCCACGGGGUCGGGCUAUGCAGUGACCACUUCAGACGCUUCGAUACCGGCCGUGGUCAUCGGCGACCGGAACACAGUCACGGCAACCAUCAACGGACUCGAGGUGUGUCGACAGUAUGUCUUUACGGUGCGCACCACCGACGGCGCCUCGACCUCCACCGGCGUCACAACCACCGGCCGGCCACGCAAGUUCCCUUCUCUCGCAAUCUAA